AGGGGAGCAAUCCCGGCGGGCCCCGCGCGCGGCCGCGUUUGAAUGGCCCUGAGUGGGGCUCGGCCCGGGAGCCCGGGGACUCUCUAGGCUUCCGGGCGCAGUUGGUCAGCGCCAGGGCUCGACUGAGGCGCCGCGGUACGAUGAGGCGCCGGAGACAUUUUGAAGGAGAACUAUUAGAAUAUGAUGACUGAUUAACUAUAGAAAAAAAAUGAGGGUAAAAGUCUACGGUAUCUCCAAGGUUUUAAAUCUGGGAAGUUAAAAGAAUGGUGGAGCUACUGAAUAAAUAUACAUGCUCGUAAUACUUUUCAUUUUAGGUAUUUAAGAGAUUAUGGCAUCUGAAACCCACAAUGUUAAAAAACGGAACUUUUAUAAUAAUAUUGAGGAUCAUUCCAUUGAUCGUCCUAGAAAAAGGAUCUCUAAUUUCACUAAUAAGAACAUGAAGGAGGUUAAGAAAUCUCCAAAACAGUUGGCUGCUUACAUAAAUAGAACAGUUGGACACGCUGUUAAAAGCCCAGAUAAACUACGUAAGGUGAUCUACCACAGAAAGAAAGUUCAUUAUCCUUUUCCAAAUUCUUGUUUUAAAAAGAAACAGUCCCCUAGAAGUGGGGGCUGUGACAUGGCAAAUAAAGAAAAUGAACUGGCUUGUGCAGGCCACCUGCCUGAAAAAUUACACCAUGAUAGUCGAACAUAUUUGCUUAACUCCAGUGAUUCUGGAUCUUCACAGACAGAAAGCGCAUCAUCAAAAUACAGUGGUUUUUUUUCUGAGGUUUCUCAGGAUCAUGAAACAAUGGCACAAGUUUUGUUCAGCAGGAAUUUGAGAUUGAAUGUAGCUUUAACUUUCUGGAAAAAGAGAAGUAUAAGUGAACUUGUAGCUUAUUUGGUGAGGAUAGAAGACCUUGGAGUGGUGGUGGAUUGCCUUCCUGUGCUUACCAAUAGUUUACAGGAAGAAAAACAAUACAUCUCACUCGGCUGCUGUGUAGACUUGUUGCCCCUUGUAAAGUCACUACUUAAAAGCAAAUUUGAAGAAUAUAUAAUAGUUGGUUUAAACUGGCUUCAAGCAGUCAUAAAAAGGUGGUGGUCAGAACUAUCGUCCAAAACAGAAAUUAUAAAUGAUGGAAAUAUUCAGAUUUUAAAACAACAAUUAAGCAGAUUGUGGGAACAAGAAAACCAUCUUACUUUGGUUCCAGGAUAUACUGGUAAUAUAGCUAAGGAUGUAGAUGCUUAUUUAUUACAGUUGCAUUGAAAGACUUCAUCUACUAAAGAGCAUUUGGUUAUUCAAAACAUCCCUGGACUAUAUGAUUUCCAAACAAGUCUCAUUGGAGAACUGUGAACUAUGAAAGAAAUCAAAACCGUUUUCUUCUAAAGCCACAUAUGAAACCAAUAACAAAACCCUAGCAAUCUACUUCACAUUGAAGUGGAAAAAUAUCCGAAAGGAGCAGCUUCAACUUUAAUAAGGUGAAAGUGCACUAUGAAGAUUGUUCACCUUUGCUGCUUUUGGGAUUUACAUGGUUACUUGGCAAGAACUACUGGAUCUUAAUGCAAUCCUUGAUAAGAAUAUACUUUAUACUAUGUGAAAAAAAAAACAAGACAAAACUUAUUACUAGGAAAAGCAAAGACCAAUCAUUACUUUUUUUUAAGAUUGUGUUUUAUAAGAAAACACUCAAAUGUGUGCAGCUAUUUUCUUAUGUUGAAAGACUUUAAAAGUUUUAAACAUCAUAGCAAAUAAUCAAUACUAAAAGUUUUUUUGUCCACACUGAGAUACUGUGUAAACAAAAUGCCUUAAUUAUUAAUAAGCCAAUGUAUAUGAUACCAAGAUCUGUUUUAAAAAAGAGUAAAACAAACCAUGCUUCUGGCAUGAAAGUUAUGGAAUUAAAUCAGGGGUUUCCAUUCAUGUGGAAUAUUGUUAAAACUUAUUCCACACCAUCUUUAAAACUUGAGAAUAUGUUUAAUAUCUCUGAAAUCGUUUUGCCAGAAUCGUCAUGUCAUGUAUGUAUGUGUUAUUCUUAUAUAAAAGAAAGAGGUGAAUAUGUAUUUGUAUGUGUGCUUAGUUGGAAAUGUUCAUAGAGUUGGCUAAUUUAUAUUCACUUUCUACUGUAUAUAGAUUUCUAAUAUUUUCAGUUCUGUAUCAUUUAAGCUUCAUUUGAGUAAAUUUACUAAAUAUUUCCAUUUUUUGCUUUUUAAAAUCUGGUUUUAUAUGAAUUCUAAUUGUUUUUCACUACAUUAUGAUUUAAAGAAUUACAUACAGUGCUUUAGAAGUGUUUACAGUUAGUGCUGACCUUAUAUUUUGAGUUCCAAUACUUUAUAUUACUACCUCCUCCAAUGGUUGGUAUGAAAUGCCAGCAGACUGUAUGAGGUCUUUUUUUCCUUAAUACCAUUUUUUGGUGUCAAUGACCCCAAUUGUGGAAUGUCUUCACAGCUGUACUUUUUAGCCUGUCUUGAGAGUGAUUGGGCUUUAAAUACCACUAUUGGUUCCUACAUCAUCUCAUCUUGAAUGAGCCCGAGCAAAGAUUUUUAGUAUCAAAUUUCUGUGCAGUAAUCCUUCAAGCACUUGAAUGUAAGCCUUUAGCAUUUACCCAAUUAGUGACUACUGAUGUGAAUCCUAAACAAGCAUUUUUAUUGGUUUAAAAAUAUUAAAAAUGUUCUCUUUUACUGA